AUGCUGUGGACUGCUCAUCCCGAGAAUGAAGUUGGUGCAGCAGCAGGUUUCUGGGAAGAAGAAGUUCUUGGCACUUGGGAGCGAGUGAAACCUGUGUCCAGACAGUGGUGGGAAGACCAGUGGAUAACCCACUUCAGAAUGGAUCAGGACACGUUCUGUUUCUUGGUGAGGAAAUAUGGUCAUUUGUUCGCACGGCUCUCCAACCAUAUGCGUCGCAAAAUCCCUCCUGCCAAACGCCUAGCGAUUGCCCUCUAUUUCAUUGCCCAUGCUGAAGCGUACUCCGAGAUCUCUGGCCGAUUUCGUGUUGGAACAAGCACCGUCGCCAACAUUGUGCACCAAGUAGUUACUGGCCUGGUUGGCGCUGUUGCAGAGGAAAAUAUUUUGUUCCCUGUGGGACGCCAGCUGAACCGGACCAUGAGGACGUUUCAGAAGCUACCCAACCUUCUGAUGUGCUGCGGUGCAGUCGACGGUACAUUCAUGGGUAUAGUGAAACCAGAAGAAAACGGAGACGCAUACUGGACAUACAAGGGAUACACCGCCAUUUUGCUACUUGCUUGCGUAGACUCGCAAGGGCUCCUCACGUUCAUUGAUAUCGGUGUUGCUGGUUGCAUAGGUGACGCAGCGGUCUACAACAAUAGCCAACUGAAAGCAAAGAUCGACGGUGGUGAGUGGCUCAACGCAGCUUCAGCAACUAGGAAUGGUGUCUCCAUCCACCCAUUCCUCAUUGGAGAUAGUGCAUUUUCCCUGAAGCCAUCCAUGAUGAAGAUCUACAAGGAUGAUGGCAACCUAUCACCAGAGCAGCUGAGUUUCAACUAUUGCCAGAUCUGUGCAAGGCGGGUAGUGGAGUGUGCAUUCGAAAGGCUGAAGAAGAGAUUUGCUGUUGUGUCGCAAUCCUUCUUGAAGGAUCCUCACUUUGCAAGCCAAGUAGGGCUCCUGUGCUGUAGCCCCCACAAUAUCAUCUCGCAUCGCAAGACCGGCUUCCUUCCGUGCUACGCCAACUAUGCAGCCACACCGGCCAUUGUUAUGCUUUGCUUUUCCCUAGGUCAUCACGAGUGUUGUUUGAACUGA